AUGCCCUGUUGCAAACGCGCUGAGGUCCGGCGGGUGUGCCACCCGCUGCCAUCCCUACUAUCCCGAUUCAAUUGUACGCCGUGCAAUCGGGUCCUGUUCUUCGUCAUCGGAGUGGGAAUUGGGGUGUUCUUUGUAAACAACAAGAAUAGCAAAAAGGACAGCAAAGGCGAUUCGAAGAAAAAGGGCUCGAAGGAUAAGAAGUAGAUUGGCAGAGUUCGCGGCCGGAGUAUCAAAACUCAGCCAAGAUAUGGAUCCAAGAUAUGUCCAACCGAUCAGAUGCAAUAACCAAAUAAAUAACUAUCACGAUUUUAA